CCCGCGUCACUGUGACCGCCACGCCACCGGCCGUUGUCGCCUCACGGCGUUCUGCCCGCCCCACCCCGCCGCCGCCGGCAGCACGGAGCUUCACCGCGGCCUCGGGGGCUGCUCGUUCUCCUCCCCGAAAGCUGAGGCGAAUCUACCGAUUGCCGGCAGCCGGGCCGCCCUCUGCUCGGCCAGCGGAAGGGGAAGCGUCGCCAUUUUGUUUCGGGUGAUGGCGACCGUGGUGCUGUGGAGCUGGAGAGUUUAGCGCGGGCCCGGCCUCCUGGGGGACUCGCUUCUCGGACAGUCGCUGUUGCUGCGAGUUUCCUCCUGCCCGCUGCGUCCCCCGGUGAUGUACGGAGGGGUCGGGGGCUCUCGCCGGAGCGCAGAAGAGGCAGGCCCGCCGCCCCUCAUGUUGUUGUCAGGCGGGGCAGCGGUCCCCGGGCCCCCCGGAGGAGGUGGAGGAGGAGGAGGUGGAGGUGGGAAUAGCCGUGUGGAGCUGCUGGUGUUCGGCUAUGCCUGCAAGCUGUUUCGAGAUGAUGAGAAGGCUCAGUACCAGGAGCAGGGGCGACACCUUAUUCCUUGGAUGGGAGACCCCAAGAUCAUGAUCGAUAGGUCGGUGUACCACAACCCCCAGACUCUGCUGCGAGAUCUCCUGUUAUAGCCUAUUUCUGUUCCUCCCCUUGUGCUGUGGGCAAGCGAGGGCGGGGGAUGAGCAAUGGAGGGCUCGCUCUGGCCGAUGGAUGUGUGGGGAUCUUCUUCGCUGGCAGGCUUGGAGGGCUGCUCCUCCUGCUAGGGUGCUUCAAGUGCUGCUGUUGUAAGGCUCACGUCCUCCUGGCAACGGGAACUUGGGGUUCCCCUCUCUAGCAGUGUGGGGAGGUUCCCCUCCCUCUGGCAUCCAGUAUGCGUUGUGUCUUCCUCUUCCACUUGCUAGGUUAGGGUUUGUGGAGUGGAGAGCGUGAGGGUUUUGCACCUUUUCAGUGCAACCCCCAACUACUGUCUGUCCUCACAUGGAAACCAAAGAAGCCUUAUUGCAUUGGAAUGCUUAUCAGAAGCUUUCUGUGUUCUCUAAGCAGCCAGGGUGGAGGGCAGGGAGCGAAAAGGCAUUUACCCACCUUAGGGAAAGUGGGGCUUCCAUACUUAUCCUGUGUAAUCUGACUGCAAACUGUUGAUGGGAUACCCCAAGAGCAAUUCAUGGUCUAAUUACUUUUUCCUUGUGCCAUGCGUUAAUCUAUAUUAGUGGCAGAGUGGGUCUUGUUUGGGGUGUUUGCUCUUCACAGGUUAUGGCAGAGGUGGCUUUUUAGGUUGUUUUGCGGUACAUACAGGUUCGUGGCCAGAAAGUAUAACAGAAUUUAGUGAUUUGGUUUUUCUUCUGGUCUCUUAAGAAGUCUCAGCGGUUCAGGGUGGGAUUUAGAAAUAAUUUAUUCAGAACGAAUUUUCUGAAUAUACAUCUGGAGAAAGAAAAUCAGAAGUCAGGUUGGGUAUAUGUGAGUGGAGCACUGAAAGUAAUAUUUAAGAGCAUUUACGGCUGAUCCUGAAAAACUCAGUGGAAAGAUGGAGGGGUUUUGGUUUGAAAAGGAUCACAUGACAUACUAUACAUAUUUGUUCCCUCAAUUUCAUCAUUGGUGUGAUACUAAGCAUGAUUUUUCUUGUUUCAAUUCAACACAACAGUAUUUGGCGUGAAAAAAAAAUCCAUAAGAAUACGGGAAAGAGAUAUGUUCUUGCACUAUUUUUGAUUCUUACGGUUUAAUUUGUUAAAUUGCAAUAAAUACAAAAACGUGAAUAAAAAAUAAGUUAUAUUUUAUUUUUUACUUACAUGGGAAGUGUUAUAAUGCACGCUUCUAAGGGCAGCUCACUUGUAUGGUGCAUUUCGUUAGGAGGUAGAGGCCAUUUUUGUGGUUCUGUACAGCAGCAACCCAGUUUAUUGUAAUUACAGAAAUUGUUGGGAGCAAAAAUAAAGUAUGUGCAUGUACGUACAUACAUACAAUACUAAAAAGUUCAAAUAACAUACAUUUGUAAGUUAAGGAAGCUUGCAUUUACUAAUCCUAUAAACUCCUUUGGAAGCUUAGAUUCUUUUUAUCUCCAGCAGCAGUCUUCAUUUUCACCAUUUUGAGAAAAGCACAUUGCUAUGAGAAGACAUGGGUUGAAGUUUGCCUGUGGACAGAGCUUGAUUAACCAGACCUACGUGUUUCAUUAACUUUGCUAUUAGAAUAUUUACUUUCUUUGUUUUUGGUCUAGCAAGUUGGCACAAGUCAAGAGUUGUGUGUGGGAAGACACCUCAGCGGAGUGGAGUUUACUGUCACUUUUCAAUCAGUUUCUUUUACUGAUGCAUAAACAUUAUCCCGAUGCAAUGCUUUUCUUGCAAAUAAAAUUUUCUGCUUAGUAGAAAGGAAGUGUACGUCAUUGAUCUUUGCCGUUUUUACGGUGAACCUCCUUGAAUUGCAUGUAUAUGUUACUGUUCCUAUGUAUGUGUGUCUCUCUAUCACAUAACCCAGAACUUAUUUCCUCAGCCAAAUGGCUAGGGGCCGAGCCUAGCCAUGAUUUUACCUCCAAUGGACGCAAGUUUCUAUGGUGAAGAUAUCUCCUGAGAGUUCGGGACUAGCAGAAAGAAGCGAGGAAAUUUCGACCGUUUGGUUCUUACGGAUAGGUAUUUAUGUAUUCGGGUUUGUGUGAAUGUAAGCUAUUUGACUUUCCAGAAAAACAUAUUUUGCAAGUGACAUUGAUUGGUUGGUUGAACCACGUACGGUAAGAGCUGUUAAGGAAAUGGAUCCCACUUAAACUAUUAAAGGAUACUUUUGCCUUUAAUUGUAAUAAUUUAUUAGUUUCUUUGAGAGGAAUCUAGCCUAUUAAACAAAUUUUCCAUAGUUGGUGACAAAUGAUUAGCAAAAUUAAACGUAACUUCUAAAAGGAAAUAUGCUUUAACAUAUAAGUAUUUUUUUUCAUUUUUAAUGGGUAAGUAUUUAAGUAGUCGCAUAAACUCAAGCCCUAAGUUUUUUUCAUUGACCAGCUUUUUCAUCUUGCAGGUAUGAUGGGCGUGGUCACCUGCAUGACCUUUCUGAAUAUGACGCUGAAUAUUCCACGUGGAACAGAGAUUAUCAGUUGUCUGAAGAGGAAGCUAGAAUAGAAGCCCUCUGUGAUGAAGAGAGAGGAGGAAUAUAAAAGACUGAGUGAAGCUUUGGCAGAAGAUGGUACCUAUAAUGCAGUGGGAUUCCGUUAUGGCAGUGAUUAUUAUGACCCUUCAGAACCCACUGAGGAGGAGGAACAUCAGCCUGCAAAACAAAGAGAAGCAGCUCAGACAGAAAAUGUAGAAGAAAAUGAAGAACCUUUUGUUGCCCCUCCGGGACUGAAUGUACCUUCUGAUGUGGAACUGCCUCCAACAGCAAAAAUGCAUGCAAUUAUAGAACGAACUGCAAACUUUGUCUGCAAGCAGGGAGCACAGUUUGAGAUCAUGCUAAAAGCCAAGCAAGCACGCAACUCCCAGUUUGACUUCUUGCGAUUUGAUCACUACCUCAAUCCCUACUACAAAUUCAUUCAGAAAGCUAUGAAAGAGGGACGAUACGCAGCUCCUUCUGAAAAUAAAGCAGACGAGAAAAAACACUCAAAAGUGAAAUCUGAGGAAGAGGAUGACGAUGACGACGAUGAUGAUGGAAACUAUCUGCAUCCAAGUCUCUUUGCGUCUAAAAAAUGCAGUAGACUUGAAGAGCUCAUGAAGCCUUUGAAGGUAGUAGACCCAGAUCAUCCACUUGCAGCACUGGUCCGCAAAGCGCAAUCAGAUAAUAACUCAUCAACACCGCAGUCAACGGAUGGGGCAGCUGUUCAGACAUCACAAGUAGAAUAUUCUUCUGAUUCAACCGUGGCAGCCAUGUAUUAUAGUUACUAUAUGCUGCCUGAUGGAACCUACUGCCUCGCACCUCCACCUCCGGGAAUAGAUGUCGCCACCUACUACAAUGCAUUGCCUGCAGGGGUGACUGUAUCGAGCACUACAGGGGUAGCAUCAGUACCUCCACCCCCUGGUACUACACCUCCACCUCCCCCAGACACAACCGAAAGCAGCAGUGGGUUGACCUCUACCACAACAUCUACAAGCACAAUUGCUCCAGUGGUUGCCAUUAUACCUCCACCCCCAGAUAUCCAACCUGUUAUUGACAAGCUAGCUGAGUAUGUUGCUAGGAAUGGGAUAAAAUUCGAAACUAGUGUUCGUGCCAAAAAUGAUCUCAGAUUUGAGUUCCUGCAACCAUGGCACCAGUAUAAUGCGUAUUAUGAAUUUAAAAAACAGUUCUUUCUUCAAAAAGAAAGCAGUGACAACUCUCAGGGAGUAUCUUCAUCCGAAGAUGUUCCAGCAGAUACUGCAACUGAUACGCCAAGUGAGACUCAAUUUGCAGAUGAGCACACACCUGAAGACGCAUCUGAGCCAAGUGCUAAGGGAGUUCCAGGAACUAAAAAGGAUGUUCCUCCUUCUAAAACUGUCAGUGAUGGUAAAUUGGUCAAAGCAUCAUUUGCUCCAAUAAGCUUUGCAAUCAAGGCCAAGGAAAAUGACCUUCUUCCUUUGGAGAAAAACCGUGUUAAAUUAGAUGAUGACAGUGAUGAGGAGGAGGAAGAGGGCAAGGAAGGCCAGGAGAAUGCUAAUAAUGCUUCAAACCAUACUCCAGCUGUUACCACUCCUUCUACUCCUGCUGAAGAGAAAAAACCUCAGCUUACUCAGGAGGAGUUGGAAGCUAAACAAGCAAAGCAGAAACUUGAGGAUAGACUAGCAGCUGCGGCGAGGGAGAAGCUUGCACAGGCCUCCAAGGAGUCAAAAGAAAAGCAGCUACAAGCAGAACGCAAAAGGAAAGCUGCACUGUUCUUGCAGACUCUGAAAAAUCCUCUGGCAGAGGCAGAAACUGAGAAGGUUGAAGAGAAUUCCUUCAGUGUUGAGAGUGUCAGUAGUAUACCAUGUCCUGUGACUGCAGUCAGAACUUUACCUACCUUAGAAGUUAAACAAGCAGAAAGGCCUUCAAGCAAAAGCAAGGAUCCUCCUAGGGAUGAAGAAAAAGAAAAAAAAAGAAAAAAACACAAGAAAAGAUCUCGGACAAGAUCUCGAUCACCUUUCAAGUAUCAUUCUUCAUCUAAGUCCAGAUCUAGAUCACAUUCAAAAGCAAAGCACUCACUUCCCACUGCCUAUAGAACUGUCAGGCAUUCAAGGUCACGAUCAAGGUCACCUAGGAGGAGGGCUCACACACCAGAAAGACGGAGAGAGGAAAGGAGUGUUCCAACAGCUUAUCGCAUCAGUAAUAGUCCUGGAAACAGUAGGAAACGUGCACGAUCCAAAAGUCCCCAUGAAAAGAAGAAGAAGAGGCGGUCUAGGUCACGUACUAAGUCCAAAGCUAGGUCUCCUUCACCAGCUGUGUCACCAGGCAAACCAUCCACACACAAAAAUUCUGUGCAUUCAGCUAGUGUCUCUCCUGUGGAGAGCAGGGAAUCCAGCCAGGAACGCUCCAGGGGAGUUUCUCAGGAAAAAGAUGGCCAAAUCUCUUCAGCGAUCGUGUCUUCAGUGCAGAGUAAAAUCACUCAGGAUCUUAUGGCCAAAGUGAGAGCAAUGCUUGCAGCUUCCAAAAACAUACAAACUAGUGCCUCCUGAGACCUGUUGAACUGACCAUCAAGAAAUUAUG